UUUCCGUGUUUAGUAUAGAAAACAAAGUGCGAAUCAAAUUUGCAUUAUUGUUAUUGAGAUAUUAAGGACGAACAAAAGAGGGAAGAAGGGGUAGAGAUCUACCUAAAAUCCCCACCCCAUCCUCUUCUUACUGUAUCCAUCGGUGAGGGAAUGGACGGUAUUCAAGGGUGAUCCAGACGCGUGGCACCUCUCAAUCAAAAAGUGUUGAGGUCGGAAGUUUAAAUAUCAAACUAAUUUCAUUUUUAUUAAUGACAAUUUAAUACCACUCUCAGCAUUUAACAAAUUUUUUUACUAAAUUUCACUUAUUUUUCCUCGUCAAUUUUAAAAUUAUAAGAAAACCAGUGCAAAAAAGUCUCAGUGUUUUCAAUAAUUCGUCUAAUGAAAUAAAUACAUACUUCCAUUCAUAUUAAAUACUUAUAAAUAAAUACUUCUAUUCAUAUAUUUUACCUCGUGCUUUCCCUUUUAAUCCAGUAAUUCAGAGAAAAAAUUAACAAAAUAUGAAAAAAAAUGAAAAAUGUCAUUUAAAAUAGAAAAAGCCCACAAGUUGGGUUUAAGAAUAAAGGAAAAAUUAUUUCCAAAUGUCAUCUAAGGCAAAAGCUCUGCAACCCUUGGGAAGACCGUCUUCUCCUAGGAAAUUUUUUGCAAGACUUUACGGACAUUUGGAAACAAAUGAAAAGGAUAAGGAGAAGAUCAUCAAAUUGCCGGAUGAAAAAUCAUUAAAUGAAGAAUCGCGGGAUGAAGUUGAUCCUUGUCAGGGGGAAGUGACAGAAAUUCACUCGAAUUCAUUGAUUUGCAAACCAAAAGUCGCUUGGUCAAAGAUAACUCAGGAAGAAGAAAGAAGACCCGAGAGAGUUUCAAAUUUACCUCUAUUAGGUUUGCCCUUUUUUCCUCAAGGAUUCCUCCCUGCUGGCUCUCCUCAUUCCCUAACUUUAGCGCAGCAGAAUUCGCUGCAACAUUUUCAUGGAUUGCCAAUUCAUGGACAACCGGUUCAUCAUCUUCAUGGACUUUCUGCCUUUCUUGCAAGAAGAAGAAGAAAAGAAGGAAGGCCCAGGCGACAGAGGACAACAUUCAGUGGGGAACAAACAUUGCACCUUGAAGUUGAAUACCGUCGAGGAGAAUACAUUUCUCGAGGACGACGUUUUGAGCUUGCUGAAACUUUAAGACUCACUGAAACGCAAAUAAAAAUUUGGUUUCAAAAUCGACGAGCCAAAGAUAAGAGGAUAGAGAAGGCGCAAAUCGAUCAACAAUAUCGAAAUUUUGCACUGACGACUGGUUUGGUAAAUUUUCCGAUAUGUGGAAAUGGCAAUAAUCUUUGCCUAUUUAAAGAUAUUUCAACUCAUACAUGCAAUCCUGUGAAUUUUACAAACAAUUUAACAUCCGUCAAAUAUUCUCAUCACAGUAGUAGUGGAAGCGAAACCUCGGAAAAUCCAUCAAACGUUGUAUAAGAAAUUAAAUUAAAACUAUAAAAAUGUAUGUAAUGAAUAACUGUUUUAAAUUUACCAUAUUGGUUGAAUUUUUUGAAAAAUCGUUCGCCUACAUAUAGUAAAAAUUAUUUCCAUACGUUGUAUAAAAAAACCUAAAUUAAAAUCUAUUUUUACUAUUAUUUAUACCAAAUGAUUCUAGUCUUAUUUACGUAAUUGUCUAAUUAACAUGCACUUAGGACUUUAUUACAUUUUUUAAGAAGUUGAAACAUGUAUGUUGAAACAAUAACUUAUAGAUGUUUUUCUUUUUUUUUAAAUAUAUUAGGUGGCUUUAAAAAAAAGUUCUUGCUUCAUUACAAAAUAAAAAUGUGGAUUUUAAAUCUUCUGUGAAUUUACGAAAUAUUAAAAAAAAUUAAAACAUGAAAAUUAUUUUAAACUAAUAUAUUUUGUGUCAUCUGUAAGCAAUAAACAAAGACAAUAAAAUAAAAGUUUAUAUGUUUAAUUUUAAUUUCCAUACAUCUUUAUACAUACAAACUAUAGUAAUAUUCAUUGACUUCUCCUCCUUAUAAUUUAUUUGCUUGUAGUACAAUGUACAAAUCCAGAUCUUUACUACUUGUCACAAUGUAUUCACAUUUUUAAUUCAAGACUAUUGUGAAUACUCAAUACGUACUUAAAUCUUGUUAAUAGUAUUGCAUUUCUAAGUAAAAACAGUAUAAAUACUUAUUAAUAAUAGUCGAUUGAAAAAGAAAUUACAAUAAUAGUCCAGUUAACUGUAGCUUUAAAAAUAGUAAAAGUUGUAAUAGUUCAAAUACUUAUUACAAAUAAUCAGUUAACAGAUGUUUUGACAUGUAGAAUUUCUGAUGAAAUACUUAUGGAAAAAUGAUGGUAUUUGAAAGUUUUAAACAUUUCAUCCAGGUACCUUAAUAGUAUAAAUUUAAAUAAAUUACGUAAGACUAGAAUUUACUGACAAAACGAUAGGCGACUGACAAUUAGUUUCAAUGUAAAUUGUUAAAUUCAAUGGAAAACAGACAUUUUUUUUACAAUAUACAAUGGCACGAUCUUCCAAAGUAUACUUGUGUAAUCACUGCUUAAACUC